AUGAGGCUCAUUCUGCUGUGUCUGUUGGCUGCUCUGUGCACGGACCUGGCCUGGGCCCUGCACUGCCACGUGUGCUGCGGCCACGCGAACUGUGAGUCUCUGGUGGAGUGUGCCCCGACGGACAAGUACUGUGUGAUCACGCGGGCCACCAACCCCGGCGGCAUCUUGGUGAUGAAGUCCUGCGCCCCGACCUGCCCCAACAGCACCGUGUCCUCCGACGGCCGCGCCCUCUCUGUCGCCUGCUGCCAGGGCAACCAGUGCAACCGCAGCUCAGCCUUGGGCCUGGCGGGCGGCCCUGGGGCCCUGUGGGUCAGCGCCUCGGCCAGCCUGCUGUGGCUGCUGCUCUGGGCCGUCUGGUGA